UUUUUGGUUUUGCCUUCAUCACAAAAGAAAGAAAAUGAAAGUUCGGAAAUAACAUGAGGGCGAGUAAAUGUUGACAGAAUUUUAAUUUCUGGAUUAACUAUGACCCACAAAUUUAUGAUCUGUGAAACAGUGGACCGCUUUUUCCUAAAUAUUUCCUGGAUAUUCACAUCCAGCCAUAGUUUCCAUGUUGACCAACAACAUCAAAGACAUUGUUGUCCUUAAACAGAAAAGAUGACAAGAUUCAAGGGGCAUAUAUAUCUUCUUCCCCAUAAAUUGCAUAAAGUUUCAUCUUCUACUUCCCUCUUUCCCAAAAAAUAAAACAAAAACACAUACUUUCCAAAGAAAUCCUUUUGAACAUGCCCAGUGAGAUUAUGGUAAAACAAAAGCUCUGGUUGCACGUCUUUGUGUGUUUUCUCUCUCAGUCCUGGGCACAUUGGUUUCGGCCCUACACGCCUCUUUAUGUGGGUGUUGAGGAAACGUCACAGGAUGAUGUCACAGGCAGUCGACAUGAUAAAAGGCACAUGAUAAAAAAUAGCAAUGCUCAAUCUACCACUGUGAUACAAUGGACACUGCUAAACUCUGGUUUAUGCUGUUCUGUGUUUGUGGCAACUGGAUUUUGAGUCUGGCUAUAAACUGUGACUGGACCACUGAGUACGAAUAUGGAAAGAGAUGCUGUAAAGCCUGUCCUUCAGGUCAGUAUCCCAAAGUACCAUGCUCAGAGAACAAAAAUUACAGUGUGUGUGAGACAUGUUCAACAGCUAUUUUGGCUAUGCACAAAUGUGUCUGCAAUGAUACUCACUUAUGUUCUGGUGAGGGAUGUGAACAUUGUAAGCCCAGGGAAAAAUGCAAACCUGGACAUCAGCUGAGGAGACAUGGUGCCUUUGAUUAUAGUUACACUUGUGAGCCAUGUCCAAACAACACUUACAAUGAUGCUGAGGACAGCACGUGUAAACCCAUUACAAAAUGUGCUGGUGGUGAAAUCUUCCUGGGAAACAAGACCCACAAUGCAAGAUGUAGCUCUUCUGACCAAGGGGCACAAAACAACGGGAGUCAGACUACUCAUUCUUUCAUGGUGGCCUGUUUAACAGUCACUCUGUUGACCUGCCUAGUUUUUAUCAUGUAUAUGGCUUUUAAAAUUUUCAAAUACAAGAUGCUCACAAAAAUAAGCAAACCGCCGUGCACACAUAGGAUGGGAUUUCCCUCAGAUCCAUGCAGUUGCAAAUUAUCCAAGGAGGAAGAGGGUGAGGUAAAGGAAUCCAAGACAGAGCUCUUGGAAGUCCCUUGCAGACAUGAUGUAAACAGCUUUCCUUAAAGGUUCUCUGUAAUGUGAAGAACACUGCACAAAGGUGUCAUCAUCUCAGUUUCGAAAACUGAUUCAUAUGAGGAGGAAUGAGCAGAAGGUGACAUGUUUCUGUUUGCUCUGAUGCUAAAUUUGGAUUUAUACAAGAUGCACAACAGGAGUGAUGCUUCCUGUCAACUUUAUAUGUUACCUUGUAAGUGUAAAAACUGUUAAAAGUUUUUACAAGAGCAGAGAACAGUUUGCAUUAUGCAAUCAAGCAACGUGUUUAAUUAAACAUUAUGUAAGGUUUCACAACAGAUUUACCUUGGGGACAUGGCAAUGUACAGUAUAGAAGAAAUACCUCAUAAGUAUUGGACCAAAGAUUAACAGACACAACAGCAUGCCUUUUUAGUAUUUAAUGCUUCAUAUUUGUCUUUUAUUUAUUUUUAUUUUUUUUAAUGACGUUCAUCUGAUUUUUCUUUUGUCACAUGAGAACUAUGAGGUAGGGUGGUUUGUUCUCUGUUUGCUUGUAUGUGCUAUUCCUGCUUUAAUUUUAUAGUUAUUUCACAUCUGUUAAGCACACUUAUUUUUCAAUGUCAAUACUUUCUAUAGUUCACUUUCUUUAGUUUACAGGUUCGGUACAUACCAAAUCCAUCAUUUGAAUACUUUUGACCAUGCAUUUGAAAUAGUAAAAUAUUGUAAAUAUUGACACUGGUACUACAUCAAUGGACAUGCUGAUAGACAUGUUUUAUUUUUAUUUUUAUUUUUUUGGUGAAUAUCGAAAAAACAAGUUUCAGCAAUUUUGUGUAUACAUCUUAUUUUCAAUUAUUAAAUUGUAUUAUGGUCAUUGGCCAAUAUA